AUGAACCAGCUUUCUCAACUUUCGAACUUAUCGAGAUAUGCCGAUAACUUGACUAUGGAUCGUAUCAAGGCCGAACUACAAGGCAUGCAGAGCAAGCUGUCAACAUUGCGUCCUGUUCAAGAGUUCUUCAAUGUGAAGAAAGUUUCGAAACCCCAGAAUUUCGGCGAAUUGCAAUCACGCGUGUCUUAUAACUUAAGACACUUUUCCACAAACUAUGCGAUGAUUGUGGGACUUCUCAGCAUUUACACGCUGCUCACAAACCUGCUAUUGCUGUUUGUGCUUGUGUUUGUGUUUUUCGGUCUUUACGGGAUUAACAAGCUGGAAGGACAAGACCUGGUUACGCCAUUUGGAGCUUUCAAGAGCUCUCAGCUCUAUACCGGGUUGAUGUGUGUUGCUGUGCCAUUGGGGUUUUUCGCAUCGCCCUUUACCACCUUAAUGUGGCUAAUUGGUGCGUCUGCGGUCUCUGUAUUAGGUCAUGCGUCGUUCGUUGAAAAGCCAAUUGAAACUGUAUUUGAAGAAGAGACUGUUUGA